AUGGCUAAGAAGAGUAGAGCUUCUCAAAGAGAAGCAAGGGAUGACGAUUAUGGGUUAAAUGAGGUAGACGACUUUGCUGAGAAGAGAGAGAAGGUCCUUCUUGGUGACUCCCAGUAUUAUAGAGAUGAUUCAGAUGAAGAGAGGUUGUUGGAAGAUAAUGAAGAAGAGGAAGUGAUGGCCAUGACAGAUGGGGAUGAGAGUGAUGAAGAUAUGGAUGGUGCGGAGGCGUACAAGAAGGUAUUUGGCAGGAAACUGGAACAUGACAUGCCUGAAGUUGAGGAUGAUGACGAAACCAUGCUAAACAAUGAGAAUGCUUGGGGUUCUAAGAAUGAAUAUUAUGGGGCUGAUGAUCUAGAUGAUGAAGAAACUGCGAAGGAGAUCGAGAAGGAAGCGCUUCGUCAACAGAAGAAGCAUUUGUCUGAGCUUCAUAUGAACGAUUAUUUUGAUGAUGUUAUCGAAGAAGAAUGGAGCAAGGACGCUAAGAACUUUGACAUGAAAGAAUUCAAAGCCUCUACAAAGCAAUCGGCUUCAGAAAUUUCCGCUAAAUCUAUUUUAAAAAUGGAUGACGCAGAGAAAAAGCAAUAUCUAAAUACACUAUUCCCCGAAUUUCUUCCUCUUUCAAAGGAAUUGAAGAAGUUAACUGCGCAAUACGAAGAUAUAUCAAAAAAUCAAGAGUCAGAGGUAAAAAAAUUACAGGCAAUUGCUCUUUCAAGUUAUCUAAGUACACUGUCAUCAUAUUUUGCAAUUUUCCUGCAUGAACUGAAUAGUAAUGAGGAUUUCAGCACAAUGAAAGACCAUCCAGUGAUGGAGGCCAUCCUAACAUCUAAAGAAGUUUGGAGACAAGCUAGUGAAUUGCCCGAAUUAGAUGGUAAAGAUAACACUGAUGGAGAAAUAAGUGAUGAAGAGCAAAAUGAUAGAAUUACAGAUAUAAAUAACAGUGAUACUAAUAAUCUUGAUAGUGAAGCUGAAGGAUCGGAGGAAGAAAUUGAAGAAGAUCAAGAAGAGUCAGAGGUCGAUAUCGAUGACUUUGAAGCUUACGUGCAACAAUCUCGUAUAUCAAGAAAAUCUAGCAAAAAAUCAAAGGAAUCUUCCAAUAACUCUGAAGCAGACUCAAGUUCUGAAGAUGAUGAGAACAUGGAUUACAUUGAGGACAAGAUAGCGGACAUCGAUGCUCAAGAUAAAAAGAGAAGGAAGAAAACAUUGCGGUUCUACACCUCCAAGAUUGAUCAACAAGAAAAGAAAACUAAUGAACGAUACACAGGUGAUGACGAUGUUCCAUAUAAAGAGAGAUUGUUUGAAAGACAACAGAGGUUGUUGGAAGAAGCUAGGAAACGUGGUUUGGAAGCACCAAAGUCUGCUGAUUUAGACAAUGAAGAUUACGAAUCCAAUGAAGAGUCGAUUUCUAACCAGGUUAAUGAUAAAUCAUCCGCUGAGUACUACGAGCAGAUACUCAAGGGUAAGAAGAAUAGAAAAGAGGGUAGGAUGAAAGCUCAUAUAGAGGCUCGUAUAGCAGCAAGAGACGGUAAAUUGAAUGAAAUUGCCGAAGAGGUUGGUGAAAAUGGUAAGCGUGCUAUAAACUACCAAAUUCUGAAGAAUAAGGGUCUAACACCUAAAAGAAAGAAAGACAACAGAAACUCUCGUGUUAAGAAGAGAAAGAAGUAUGCUGCUGCACAAAAGAAACUCAAAUCUGUUCGUGCUGUUUAUUCUGGUGGUCAAUCUGGUGCUUAUGAGGGUGAAAAGACAGGUAUCAAGAAGAAUCUAACAAAAUCGGUGAAAUUCAAAAACUAA